AUGUUGCUUGUUGGCUUGGCUCUAGUUUGUUUCGCACAUGUAGCAUCGUGUCAACCUGGCCCUCCUAAUUUGUUUCCCAAUCCCCCCAUUUUUCCACACGGCCCUGGUCCCGUAAUUCCGAGCGACUCCGAUCCGCAGACGCCUCAGUCGGAUUCUGGCCCAGGAAUAGGUCCGCAAAGUCAGCAGUGCAACACCUGUCCGUUCUACUGCAAUCAGUGCCCGUCGUGGGACUUCUCGUGCUUGACGAAUUGCUAUUACCCAAGGUCGCACUCGCAUUUGCCGUGCAACCUCUGUCCGAUGUACGACUGGAAAUGCCUGCGAAUCUGUACGUUCUGUAGCGUCAGCGGAAGUGGCUACCCGUGUGGUCAUCACAGCGUCCCGUGCUCGCAGUGUUACUACUGGGACUACACUUGUCUUCGAAACUGCUACAUAGUGAAUGAUGCCCCAGCGAUGCCACCGAACUGCUGCAACAACUGUCCAUACUGGGACGUGAUCUGCCUGCGCAGCUGUGUCACGUGCUGCAAGCCGGGUUCAUACGAUUGCAGUAACUUAACCAAGAAAUAA